AAUGUAAAUUGUUUAAGAAUGCAAUAUUGUCUUGGCUUCAUAAAUGGGAUGCGUCUAAUUUACUUUGUCAAUCGGAAAAUCUAAAAUGAUCGGAUUAUAAACAUUUGGAGAUCAGACAAUGGCAUUUGAUCAUGCAUUAUUAGAAUUCACUAAUUAAGGACUGCGUCUAGAGGAUUAAAAGACUUCUAGUGGGUAUAAAUUAAUAUUGAAUGAGGACUUGGAUGAGAUUAAGCAAAUCUGGUGUUUAAUCUUAAAUUGUACCUUUAUGUAAAAGAAGAGUCAUAAAAAUAGCAGAAUAUAUAGUUAUCAUAGUUAAUAAUUAAUGAAUUAAAGUUUACUUCAUCUGAUCUAAAUUGCAUAAAAACAUGAAAAUAAGUUUGAAUAAAAAUAUUUAGAUGAUAUGAUAACUUCUUGUAAAUAAAAUGGUUAAAAUGAUCGUUAUUUAAUAUUGUUAUUAAUCAAAAUUUGGAAUAAUUAAGAGUUUUUGGGAUAUAGAUUUAAGUUAUGGGUUUAACAGCAUAAAGUAUGUAAUUCGAAAUCUCCUGUUGAUUUAUUAAGAUAUGGUUAAGUUAGCGAAUGCAUCUAAAAAUAUGAAAAAAAUUUAUCUCGCAAUACUUUUGAAGCUAUAAAAAAAACAUAAUUUUUUUCCAAAUACACAAUCUUAACUAUAGGAAGACAGUCUUAAACGAGUGAAAGAGAAUUUAAAAUAAUAUGA